AGGUAUUCGCUUGACACGCCUGCGUUGUAUAUAGACGAUCAGAUAAGGGAUUGGGUGUUAUUCCCUAUUACAUUGGUCAUGAUACUAGUUGGUUUGCUUAGGCAUUAUGUAGUACAGUUAUUAGGCGGUGCACCAAAGAAACAAGAUAUAAAGAGUAUUAGGGAGCAACGCUCACUCAUGCGUUCAGCAAUUCUCCGACAAAAUGGCAAAGUGCUCACUAAUACAGCUUUCGUUAAGCGCAAACAAUACCUAAUAGAAUCGUUUAAGGAUGGUAAAUACCUCAAAGUUGCACCACCGAAGGAGGGUGAUCAACCACAGCUACCACCAAAUCCAUUAAGCGACCCAGAUCAGAUGGAUAACAUGAUGGAUGGCAUGAAAAAGCAGAUGGUUAUGUUCAUUCCCCAGACUGUUAUCAUGGGAUGGAUAAACAGCUUCUUUAGUGGAUUCGUUUUGAUUAAAUUACCAUUCCCAUUGACUAGAGGAUUUAAAGCGAUGCUACAAAGGGGUAUUAUGACACCAGACAUGCCAGCUAGUUAUGUUAGUAGUAUAAGCUGGUAUUUCCUCAAUUUGUUCGGUUUGAAUAGUGUAUUUAAGCUACUCCUCGGUGACGGCAAUAAAACUGAUAGCGUGAGGGAUAUGCAAUCACUUGCAGCACUUUCAGGUGCACUCAACCAGUCAAAUCCAAUGCAAAACCAAGACAUGAACAAAGUAUUCAAAGCUGAGAUUGAUAAUUUGGAAUUAUCAGAUCCGAAAUUCAUAACUAAUGAUGUAGAGAUUAGAGUAUUAAAGAAGUACAAUGUAUAACUUAAUUUUUGACUAUAUGUGAUGAAUGCGUAAUAAACU